CAUUCAGAAUUUUGUUAACUUUAUUUCACUUUUCUGAGAAUGCUUUAAAUUAUUUUUCCAUGGGAUGCUCAAAAUACCUAAUUUGACGCUGAAACUGCAUGUAUCGGAUAAAAAGAUUGUGGGUCGCCUGUGGUGGAAAUUGAGCUUUUAGUUCAACAAACAUGGCGGCCCUGUCGAAGGAAGAAUACCUCAAGCGCUAUUUAUCGGCCCCAACCGAAGACGAACCGAAAAAAAAGCGAAAAAAGAAGCCUAAAGCGGUAGCAAAGCUACCCAGGUCCGUAAUAGUCGAUGAUGAUGUCGCAUGGAGUGAUCUUAAACCGAAGAAUCCUGAGAUGAAACAAAAAGAGUUUGAGUUUGACACGGCUGGCGAAGACGCGCCCGUGGUUUACGAUGAAGAUGGAAGUACUAUGAUCUCUACUGAGCUUUAUAAAAAGCGUGAGGAGGAUCUAAGGUCUAAAUGGGCGCCUUUGGGAUCUGAUAAUAGUGCAAGUUUGGGCGACGGUUCUCCUCAAAGGCAAAAGACACACGGGUUAUUAGAUUUGUCAAAAGCUGAAACAGACGACAACUCUCCUUCAAGACGAAGAAAUCACGGAAGUCCUAGCUUGUCACCAUCACGGAAGCAGAAUCUCAGUGUUAAUACAAAAACCUCUAAGAUGAGAAGUGGCGGUGAUGUCAGACGGCAAUGGCAUGAUUCUGACUCCUCCCCUCCGAGGCGUCAAAGACAUGACAGCCCUGAUGAGUCACCUGUCAGACGUCAGCGGCAUGAUUCUGACUCCUCCCCUCUGAGGCGUCAAAGACAUGACAGUCCUGAUGAGUCACCUGUCAGACGUCAGCGGCAUGAUUCUGACUCCUCCCCUCUGAGGCGUCAAAGACAUGACAGUCCAGAUCAGUCUCCUGUCAGAAGGAAACAGCAUGACUCAUCUGAUUUGUCACCCCCUCGAGGAGGUAUUCAAAAUGACUCUGACCAGUCUCCGCCUCGCAAGCGCCCAGGGUCUGACGCUGAUCUCUCUCCUCCCCGUGCCAGGAGGGGAAGUGAUUCGGACCAAUCACCACCCAGAAAAGGGAUGGCAGGGCUCCUAUCGGCAGGUGACCUUAAGAGAGAGAAUGAGAUUAAGCGUAAACGGGAAGCCGAGAUGUUUGCAUCCAUGGAUACUGGCAUUUCUGGACGAGGGGCAAAGACUGUUCAUCGUGACAAGUCGGGUCGUAAACGUGAUCUUGAAGCAGAAAAAAGGAUAAAAGAAGAGGAAGAAAGGGAGAAGGCUAAAGAUGAUGAAAAGUUUAAGCAAUGGGGCAAAGGUGUUGUACAGACUGAGAAAGCUAGACAAAGGCUUGAAGAGGACUUGCACGAGAUGGCCAAGCCAUUGGCACGCUACAAGGAUGACAAAGACUUGGAUGCAAUGCUGAAAGAACAGACAAGAGAAGAUGACCCCAUGCUUGCAUACAUGCAGAAGAAGAAGGCAAGCUCAGACGUCAAAGCAGGGAAAAAAGCUAAACCUGUAUACAAAGGCCCACCUCCUCAACCCAACAGAUUUGGAAUCCCCCCUGGUUACAGAUGGGAUGGUGUUGAUCGCUCCAAUGGUUUUGAAAGGAGACGCUUUGCCAUGAUAGCAAACAAACAAGCCACAGAUUCGGUUGCCCACAAAUGGAGUGUAGAAGAUAUGUAGAAACUUUUCUAUGGUGGUAAUAAACGAUAUACUCUUCUGUGCAUAAAGUGUUGAAGAUUUUUAGGCAGUCUGAUACCAUCAUGCUGGCGUUUGCUGGUGUCCCAAAGGCCCCAUAUAAGUAAAGGAAACCCAUGAAGAUUUGUAGAAGUGCAGUCUGAUACAUCAUGCUGGCAUCCCAAUGGCCCUUUAUAAGUAAAGGAAACCAAUCUUAUUCUAAUCUGGGACAAAAAUAAACUGCUUUAUUGUACAACAUGUCCCAGUGAUAUCAUUUUUUAUUAAAGUUAUUGUUCAGGC